GUCCAGCCCGGGGCCGAUGGAUCUCUUCUGCCCCAGCCCAGCCGCCGGGAUGGGGACGGCAGCGGGUCCCCCCCACAGCCCCGACGCGGGGGGCCACUACCAGUUCCGCGUCAUCGUGCUGGGGGACGCGGCCGUGGGGAAGUCGUCGCUGCUGCGCUGCUACGCGGAGGGGCCGGGGGGGGCCGUGCCCUGCCCCACUGUCGGCGUGGAUUUCUACAGCCGCACCGUCCCGCUGCCGCCCGCCGGCAAGGCCAAGCUGCAGCUGUGGGACACGGCCGGCCAGGAGAGGUUCAGGUCCAUCACCAGGUCCUUCUACCGGAGCGCCGCGGGCGUGCUGCUGGUCUUCGACCUCACCAACCGGGCGUCCUUCGAGCGCGUCCCCGAGUGGUACCGCGAGGCCGCCGGCGACCGCGCCACCGCCUUCGUCCUGGUGGGCCACAAGAGCGACCUGGCGGCCGAGCGAGCCGUGUCGGCCGAGGAGGCCGGGCGCCUGGCGGCCUCCCUGGGCAUGGCCUUCGUGGAGACCUCGGCCCGCAGCAACCUCAACGUGGAGCUGGCCUUCGAGACGCUGGCGGGGGGCAUCCUGCAGGCGCUGGGCCGCGGGGCCCUCGCCCCCCCCCCGGGGCUGCGGCGCCGUCAGGCUCAUCCCCAGCCCCAGCCGCCCCCGGCCCCCGGCACGGGGCGAGCCCCAGGGGCGCUGCCAGUGCUGAUGGGGACGGGACCCCCCCCAGAAACGGGGAUGGAGCUGGUGAGCCGCUGCCCUGCCCUUUGCCCGGAGCCCACCCCCCUGGGGGGGCUUGGGGCUGAGUUCCCACGUUGGUUUGUGCUUCCAGCCUUGGUCUGGGGGCUGUGA